AUGAGUAGGCCUACGUUCAGUAGUUUUUUGAAAGCGACCACGCUGAGAUUGCUCCGCGAGCGGCCGCUUCUGUGUGCAGCUGGCCUGGUGAUCGCGACGGGUUCGGCAGUCUACUUUCAUAACAAAUAUUACGGCGUCGGUGAGGAUGAACCGGCCACCUUGGAGAUCGUGGACCGUGUUGUCACGUUUGAAGAGGAUCAUGAUCCCACCCUGGACCAGGAGGACCCAGUCCUUGUUCAGUUUGUGGAGGAGGAGGUUGGGCAGCGUCCCUGUCUGGCUUUAGUCCCUUGGUCUGGACCUCUGUGGGUUCCCAGCUCUCUGACUUAUUACCUUACCCUUGCUGGGAGGAUGAUAGUGAGAGAGCUGGCAGUGUUAAACACACAGAUUUUCAUGAUGGAGCAGCCUAUUUUCUCCUGUUUCACUCCUGUAGGGAGGUUGGUGUGGGAGGAACUGUCUUCUCAAACUGAACAGUAUGUGGAUGAGGAGGUUCAGCAGCAGCCCGGUCUGACUUUAAUCUCUUGGUCUGGACCUCAGUGGGUUUCAAGCGCCCCUGUCAAACUGCAGCCAACGUAUUACCUUACCCAUGCUGGGAACACGCUGGUGAGAGAGCUGUCAGUAUUAAAUACACAGAUUUUCAUGAUGGAACAGCCGAUUUUCAUCUGUUUCACUCCUGUAGGGAGGAUGGUGUGGGAGGAACUGACUUCUCAAACUGAACAGCCAAAUAGUGAAGACUCUGGUUUUCCCUUUGAGAAGAUGCAGCUGGUUGGGAACUGGGGUUCGUUUCAUUUCCAUACCUGGAUCAUCCGUUAUGGACGAGUGCAGCAAAACGAAGAGGACAUGCAUCACCUGUGCAUUGUGAGGGGAGUGGAGAAACAGCUGUGGUGGAGCAGAGUCAUUCAGGAAAAAAUCCUGGACCCAUGGGGUAAUGUCCAGGUGGUCCUCACCAACAAGGAGGUGACUGGUAUUAAGUUCCUUGGUAGAAGGAUCCAUGGACUCAGGUCUUGCCUCGUCAAGAGGAGGUCAGAGUUCACCUAUUAUGAGGACGCCCAGCAGGUGGAUAUCUCCACCACAGUGGAGGGGUUCCAGGAGAGGGGGGAUGACAUGAUGACGUAUCAGUUCUCUACCUCUGACAUUAUCACCACCCCUCAUGAGCCGUCCUCUGGCUCCUCUCAGCAGUUCCCCCAGGAUUCUCCACCUCCCCCUCCGCCUCCCCCGUUCCCUUCCCCUCCACCUUACCACUUUACCCAGGACCAGACCCUGACAGCACUCCUCAGGUAA